CGGAACAAAUUCUGCCAGCUCUCAACCUUGACAUCACUAAAUAUUCUGAAGCAUUUUGUUCAGUGCUGUGUCUAUUCUGCUAUCCAAUGUUCUGGCAAAUAAUUAUUUCUAACUUAGACCAGCAGUUUUGAGGAGAGGGUUUUUAAUCAACACCAUCCAUCCCAAAUACUUAACUAGUUCUUAUUUUAUUGACUCCAGAGAGAUGAAAGGAAAAGUUGACCUUGGAUAGAUUUGACUCAAAAGCCAAGCAUUUUCCCCAAUACACUAAUGAUUCAGCGAAUCCACCAAUUAACUGCCCUUAUUAAUAAUGGUUUCAAAUUAUGGUACAAGGCCAACAAUUGUGAGGGGAGGAGUUAGUGCCAUCAACCCUAGUAAUUGUCUGAUUAUGAAUACAUGGAGGGUUUUAUGGCGACUACGCACUGGUCUCUUUUCAAAGGUACAACCUGCUUUUAUCCAGAAAUUUCCUUCCACUUUGACAUCAUUCAAUAACAGGAGACAAAUGUUAUGUAUGUUAUCCAAAUGUCAUGGAAAUAUUGAUCCAAGAUCCAGUGUCUCACUAACUGCAUCAUGCAACUGGUGUCAUAUCCGUGAAUAUGCCAAAGCUUCCAAAUCUAAGAAGAAAACAAGUAAACCAAAAGUGUUUGUUAGUGAUGAGGAAAUGGAGGAGAUAAUAAAUUUGACAGCUUUCAAAUCCGAAAUGUCUAGUGUGUUGGAACAACUUCAAGUGGAUUACUUAAAUCAACUUUCUCUCAGAAUAUCCACCCGUGUUUUUGAUACAAUUACUGUGAAAAUAGAAAAUAAAGAAUUUCCUCUCAACCAAAUUGCUCAAAUUAUCCAGAAGAAUCCAUCUUUGAUAGUGAUUAAUUUAAGGGAGUCAACUCAGUAUUUGCCAAUAGUGAAGAAUGCAAUCAUUAAAUCAGGAGCUGCCAUAAACCCUCAAGUGGAUGGAACAACUAUUUUUAUUCCAAUACCAAAAGUUUCAAAAGAACAUCGUGAAAAGCUCUGCAAAUCUGCUAAAACAUUUUGUGAUAAAAGUAAGCAGAAACUGCGUGAAAUUUGCAAUAGAUAUACAAAGAAAUUGAAAGCUAACAAAGGAGCCUACUCAGAAGAUUUACUUAUGAAUAUCCAAGAAUCAUUGGUACAUCAGAUGCAAGGGAAGAUGACAGAAGCUGAGGAGAUGAUGGCACGAAAACAAAAAGAUUUGUUAGGAGACCAGAAAUAACUAAUUAAAAAAAAACUUUCAACCACAUGAACUUCACCAGAAGCCUUGCAAAAAAAAAAAACAGACAAUGGACACAACCUAUCCUUCUUCCAGAUUAAACUACUACUACAAAAGAAAAAGCAAUUAUCAGUUCAUUUCCAGAAAUAAAUGAAGUAUAUCUAUGAAUUAUAUUUGAGAAAGAGGAGAUGAGGUUCUAGUGAGCAGAGUUAUCUUCCUUGUAUUGCUGGCCCUUUUAGGAAAAAAACCCUGAAUCUUACAAUACAACUCUACCUCUCCUCAAGUUUUAUAAAGCUAAUCACUCAUUAACAUUGGUACUAAUUAGAAAUAAUCAUUCACAAUAAUAUCAUUUUGUACUCUAGGCACAAGUCCCGAAAUUUUUAGGGAGGGGGGGGGCCCAGUCAAUUAGAUCAACUCCUGUACGUAACUGGUACUUAAUUUAUCAACCCUGAGAGGAUGAAAGGCAAAGUUGACCUCGGCAGAAUUUGAACUCAGAAUGUAAAGACAGAUGAAAUACCACUAAGCAUUUCGCCCGUCAUGAAUCCAAACGUCCCUGAAAGUUUCAUCUGAAUCCAUCCAGCAGUUCUUGAGAUAUCUUGUCCACGGACAAACAAACAAACACGACUGAAAACAAUACCUCCACCUUUGCUAAGGUGAAGGUAAAAAUAGUUAAAUAAGAUGACAUUUCCAUUAUUUUGUCCAAACCCUGCUUGUGUGUGUGUGUGUGUGUGUAUACACACAUACACAUAUCUAUAUAGGGAGAGACAGACAGACAGAAAGUGAGAGAGAUUGUUUACCUUAAAGAUGUACAUGCUUUGAACAAUAACUGGGUCUUUGUAAUCGAGUGAUUGAGCAAUGUCCUGUAAGAAAACGAAACAAAAUUAUCCAGAAAAUAAAUUGAUUUCUUCAUGCAUGUAAAAGUCAAUGUCAUUAACUGCACAUAGAAACAGAAA